ACUUUGAGCUCGUAGAAAAAUGCUCAGAUCAUUGACUUUAAUAUCUACCGAGAAGCCGUUUUUCCGACAGUUUUCCUUCCAGGAGCGCGUUCCUCAAAGCCUUUUCCAAUCUCGUUGCGAAUUUCCGCCCGUGUCAAGCAGAGCACUGAGAGAUGAUCGCAGGAGAGCAAUUAGUAGAGCUCUGAAUCUUUUCACCACGCUUUGUCCCAUUCAUCUGACCGAGGAGGCAUUUCAGAUCCAAAGUGAAAUUUACCCUACCGAGAAUCCUAAACCCAGAAGAGGGUGUAGGAUUUCCUGAAAAGAGGGCACAGGUAGGGGUCAAAAUGCCAAAAGAUAUUUGAAGAUGCAAAAGGGGAAAUUGGAGAUGGAUAUACAAAGGAACAAAAGAAGUUUUGGGAAAGUGGAAUUAAAGCAGCAACUUCUAAAGUCAAUGUAACUCAAUGCAUUCAGUCUUCAAAAGGUUAUUCCUGGAGGAAAUUCAGGGUCUGGAAUAAAGAAUAAACCCACGUUUUUGAAGACAAACUGAAGACAGGCCUUAUUCUCAUGGGAAAAGAAGAAUAUUUGAUAUUACAGGUGAAUAGGGUGAUGUCCAUCCUGUUUUGUGUGAUGUUUCUUCCUUAUCUUUGUGGCAUUCACGCUACCAACAUGGAUAAAAGGAAUCUUCCGGAAAACUCAAUGAAUUCUCUCUUUAUUAAACUUAUGCAAGCCGACCUGUUGAAAAAUAAAAGUCCCAGCAAGGUGGAGGCUACAAAGGAAAAUCAACAAAGUACCAUGCCGAAAGCAGAAAUCCUUCUGGACAUGGACGUGGUGGACAACGUGAAACAAGAGUUCCAACCAGUCAUCUCAUUAGAAGCAGAACUAUUAAAACAGCAAAGGCAGAGACGUUACAACUCACCACGCGUGCUUUUGAGCGAUAGUCUUCCUCUCGGACCUCCACCCUUGUACCUCAUGGAUGAUUAUGUUGGGCAUUCGGCAGUAGUAAACAGAACGUCAAGACGAAAGAGGUUUGCGGAUCACAAAAGCCACCGAGGAGAGUAUUCUGUGUGUGACAGCGAAAGUUUAUGGGUCACAGACAAAUCGAACGCGGUUGACAUUCGGGGACAUCAAGUAACUGUCUUGGGGGAAAUCAAAACGGGGAACUCUCCCGUGAAACAAUAUUUUUACGAAACGCGGUGCAAGGAAGCUAGGCCCGUAAAAAACGGGUGCCGAGGCAUCGACGACAAACAUUGGAAUUCCCAAUGCAAGACAUCCCAGACUUACGUAAGAGCAUUGACUUCAGAAAACAAUAAGUUGGUCGGCUGGAGAUGGAUAAGGAUAGACACCUCCUGCGUAUGCGCGUUAUCGAGAAAAAUAGGCCGAUCCUAACCGCAUCUUUUCAACAUAUAAAUUAUUACUUUAAAUUAUAUGAUAUGCAUGUAGCAUAUAAAUGUUUAUAUUGUUUUAUAUAUUAUAAGAUGUUCUUAUUUAUUUAAUUUCAGCAAACGUAUAUAUAAGCUUUAACCUCCAUGGCAAUAAAGGUGAGAAAAGGUCUGUGCCUUCUCUUGGGCAUUUCAAAAUCCAAAAAAAAAAAGAGAAAA